AUGCCAAAACUUGAAGAAAAACCGAGGAUUUUCUUGGAAGAAUAUCGCUUGAAGAAUGCUGCGAAUGAUUAUGGCAUGGCUGAUGAAAAAUGGAAUUUUAAAAAAUUCGCCAAAAACUUCCGUAUUGUUAUUGUAAGACUAGAUAAAUUUGAGAUGGAAUUUGAUUUGAUUGGUAUUCAACCUGCUUUUGCAAAUGCUUUUCGAAGACUGAUGUUAAGUGAAGUUCCCAGUAUGGCGAUUGAAAAAGUAAUGAUUACAAACAACACGUCUAUUAUACAAGAUGAAGUGUUAGCCCAUAGGCUAGGACUAAUUCCCCUCAAAGCUGAUCCAAGACUCUUUGAAUACCGCCCAGAAGAUGCUACUGAAGGAACAGAAUUUGAUACUUUGGAGUUUUCUCUAAAAGUCAAAUGCACCACAAAUAAAUCACAACCCAAGGAUUCAUAUAGAACGGAGGAUUUAUAUGAAAAUCAUAGUGUAUAUUCUUCGCAAAUUAAAUGGCACCCAAUUGGAAACCAGACAUCUGUUUAUAAGGAGACUGAUAUAGGACCUGUACACGGUGACAUUCUGAUAUCUAAAAUGAGGCCAGGGCAUGAAUUAGAUCUUCACCUCAUUGCUGUAAAGGGUAUUGGAAAGGAUCAUGCUAAGUUUUCUCCUGUUGCCACAGCGUCAUAUCGUUUACUACCAGAGGUAACAUUGACGCGUGAAAUCCGAGGGGGUCAAGCUUCAAUACUUCAGAGCUGUUUUUCACCAGGAGUUAUAGGAAUUGAUUCCGACGGCAAAGCAUUUGUUAAAGACGCGCGUUACGAUACCUGCAGCCGGAAUGUCUACAGAUACGAAGACAUAAAAGAUGCCGUUAUACUCAGUAGAGUACGCAAUCAUUUUAUUUUUAAUGUGGAGUCUGUUGGAGCAAUGCCACCGAAUGUUAUAUUUGUUGAAGCUGUUAAAAUACUAAGAGAUAAAUGUAAAUCGCUUUUGGAUGAAUUAAACAACUUUUAA